AUGCAUUUAAUUUGCACUUCUAUCGUUUUCCUGAUUUUGAUCAUUGCGAUAUCCACAGAAGACCAAUGUUGUGAAAAGCAAUACAAAAAACUGAAUAGAGAGCUGAGAAAACUCAGACGUAACACGAGUGAUGAGAUUUCCAGUUUAAGAACAAAAGUAACAGAGCUGGAGAAAAUAGUUUUAAAACCAGGUACUGGCCCGGACGUUGGUGGUAUGACUACGGCACCAACCACAAAACCAAACAUUGAUGUGCGAUUGCCUACUAACUUACACCCUCACCAUUACAAGGUAGAACUCUACCCCGAUAUGUACAAGCAAAACCCUGAAGAUUUUAAGUUCACCGGGAGUGUUGAAAUACUGUUAGAAUGCAAGGAGCCUACCGAUGAAGUUAUUUUCCAUGUGAAUGCACUAACAAUCGAUGAUGCGUCCAUUGAAUUUAGUGAAGCCAGUGGCGCGGCUGAUGCACCCAAAAAGCAAGGACAAUUUGAAGAAGAUGAAGAAAGGCAAUUUUUCAUUCAGAAGCUGGAUAAACCAAUGGUUAAAGGCAAGAACUAUACCAUUAAGAUGGCAUUUAGAGCUCCGUUAACAAAGGGUCUAGCUGGUCUUUAUUUAUCUUCCUACGAAGAGGGUGGUGUGACAAAGUACCUUGCUACCACCCAGUUUCAACCUUCUUAUACCAGAAGGACUUUUCCCUGUUUUGAUGAACCUGCAGUGAAAUCAACCUUCGAUAUCACACUUGUGAGGAAAGAACCAAUGGUCUCAUUGUCAAAUAUGGAGAUUAAACAGAUUGUGGAUAGACCUGGUGGUCUGAAGGCAGAUGUCUACCAAACAACAGUUAUAAUGCCAACUUACCUUUUGGCUUUUGUCGUGUGUGACUUUGACAAAUCUGAAGGUGUUACUGCAAAUGGUACCAAGUUUCGAGUUUGGUCUCGAAAAGAGGCAGUAAAUCAGACAACGUAUGCACUUGACAUAGGAGUAGCCAUACUGGAAUAUUUUGAGGACUUUUUUGAUGUGGAUUUCCCUUUACCAAAACAAGAUAUGAUAGCUGUUCCUGAUUUUGUUGCUGACGGGAUGGAAAAUUGGGGGUUGAUCAUAUACAGCGAGACGUCAUUGCUCUAUGAUGAUACUGGGUCAUCAGCCUCAAACAAGCAGGAGAUUGCAGGGGUCGUGUCUCAUGAACUGGCGCAUCAGUGGUUUGGUAACCUAGUGACGCCUGGAUGGUGGGAUGACCUUUGGCUAAAUGAAGGCUUUGCCAGCUAUGUAGAAUAUCUAGGGGUUGACUUUGUACAUCCUGAAUGGAAAAUGAUGGAGCAGUUUGUAGUCCAAAUUCUUGAAGAUGUGUUCAAAACUGAUGGUCUGGCUGCAUCACAUCCAGUUUAUGUGCCAAUAGGCCAUCCUGAUGAAAUAUAUGAAACAUUUGAUAAAAUAUCAUAUUAUAAGAGCUCUUCAAUCAUUAGAAUGGUGAACAACUUCUUGACCGAGGAUACAUUCAGAAAAGGACUUACGAAUUAUUUGAAAGAUAAUGCAUUUGGCAACACCCAUCACACUGACUUAUGGAAAUCUUUGACAGAUCAAGCUAUGUCAGAAGGUAAAAACAUCGAUGUCGGCGAUAUAAUGAACACUUGGGUGCGUCAGAUGGGCUACCCAGUUGUGACAGUAUCACGAAAUGGAACGUCAGCAGAGGCUACCCAGAAACAUUACCUUCUUGAUCCUUCACAAACACCAGAUCCGAAAUAUCCAAGUCCUUACAACUACCUCUGGAAAGUUCCGCUUAGUUACACUACAAAAUCUGAGAGUAAUUUCAUAAAUCCUCCAAUAAUAUGGAUGAAUGAAGAAACAAAGUCUCUUAAUGGGCUCCCGACUGAGACAAAUGACUGGGUUUUGGUGAACGUAAACCAAAUAGGCUACUACAGGGUAGAUUAUGAUACAGCAAAUUGGAACGCCCUCAUUGCCCAAUUAAAUGACAACCACCUGGCUAUACAAGUUAGGAAUCGUGCACAGCUUAUUGACGAUGCGUUCAGUCUUUCAAGGGCAGGCAUCUAUAAUGUCGAUAUCACCAGAGCGAUGCAGACAACAAAUUACCUUAUAAACGAGCGUGAAUAUGUACCAUGGUUUGCAGCGAUAGAAAACCUCCGCUAUAUAUAUCAGAUGCUUGGCAGCACGGGAAGCUUUGGGGAUUAUAGUAAAUAUAUCUUGAAACAAAUAUUACCGUUGUACGACUUUCUCGGCUGGAAUGACUCCUUGAAGAAUAACACUCACCUUGAACAAUUCACUAGAAGUCUAGUUAUAGCGCAAGUAUGUGACAUGGGACACCAAGCAUGUAAAGAUCAGGCGUCCGCGCUCUAUAAAGAAUGGAUGGACUCACCUGACGACAAUAAGAUAUCGCCCAACCUGAAGGGUACUGUUUACUGCAACGCUAUAGCGAAUGGAGGAAUAGAGGAGUGGGAUUUUGCCUUCGAAAGGUUUCAGAAUGAAAACCUAGCAGGUGAAAGAGUUCGGCUUCUUCAGGGCAUGGCUUGCUCGACCCAACCUUGGAUUCUCAGUCGGUAUUUAUCAUGGAGUUUUGACGAGACGUACAUUCGGGAACAAGAUGCCUUGGAAGUUCUAGUGUACAUCUCAUGGAACAGAAUCGGUCUUCCACUUGUCUGGAACUUCGUCAGGGCACGUUGGGACUACAUUUUUGAGAAGUAUGAGGAGUCGGUCUUCAUAUUCACAUAUAUUAUUAAUAUCAUCACUGAAACGUUCAACACAGACUUUCACCUCCAAGAGGUGAAAUGUUUCAUGGAUGCGAAAGCUGCCAUUAAUAAACUAGGAGCUACCCAGCGAGCAUUCGAACAAGCUUUGGAAAAAACAUCAAGCAACAUCAAAUGGAUGGAGAACAAUUACGAUAGACUAAAAACCUGGCUUCAAGAAAACAGUUAA